UUUUCCUCUGCUCUUCUCCUCUCUUCUUUUUUGCUCGCUUCCUCAGGUUUUCUCCUUCCUUUUUUUUUUUUCCUGUGUCGCCCUCCAAAGCUUUCUUUUAGAUCCGUAACGAUCUUUGACGUUCAACCAUGGCAUCAAAGCGGAUCUUGAAGGAGCUCAAGGAUCUCCAGAAAGACCCACCUACAUCUUGCAGCGCUGGCCCGGUAGCUGAAGACAUGUUUCAUUGGCAAGCGACGAUAAUGGGUCCCCCGGAUAGUCCUUAUGCAGGAGGAGUUUUUCUAGUUACCAUUCAUUUCCCUCCUGAUUAUCCAUUUAAACCACCAAAGGUUGCAUUCAGAACUAAAGUUUUUCACCCAAAUAUCAACAGCAAUGGCAGUAUCUGUCUUGACAUUUUGAAAGAACAGUGGAGCCCUGCCUUGACAAUAUCCAAGGUGUUGCUUUCCAUUUGUUCCUUGUUGACGGACCCAAACCCAGACGAUCCGCUAGUGCCAGAGAUCGCACAUAUGUACAAGACGGAUAGGACCAAGUACGAGACAACUGCUAGAAGCUGGACCCAGAAGUAUGCCAUGGGCUAACGAGCUUAGUGGUGAGGGCAUUUAGGAAGUUGAAUUAUAUUCCUUGUUAUGUAUAAAAAUGAUGUGUGGUCUGUACUUUUUAAUCUUGUAAUAGACUUAUAUUUGCUCCCUUGAAAAUUAAGACUAUAUUUGUAUUCUCAACUAUGAACAUCUAUAGACCUCUCUCCAUGUUGUUUAAUAUACCAAGUGAUGUAUUUUUCUUUCCGUUAUA